AUGGUUAAAGUAUUUGUUUCAGGAGCUUCGGGAUUUAUUGCCCAACAUGUUGUCAAAUUAUUAGUAUCAAAAGGUUAUAAGGUUAUUGGAUCAGUUAGAUCAAUUGAAAAGGGUGAACAGUUGAAGAAAGAUUUGGUUGAUUUCGAAUAUGAGAUCGUUGAGGACAUUGCUGUUCCAGGAGCUUUUGAUGAAGCAUUAAAGAAACAUACUGAUGUCACUGUAUUCUUACAUACAGCUUCUCCUUUCCAUUAUAAUACAACUGAUGUGGAGAAUGAUUUAUUGAAACCUGCCAUUGAAGGUACAAAGAAUGCAUUGAAAUCAAUCCAAGAAUAUGCUCCACAAGUUGAAAAGGUGGUGGUUACUUCUUCUAUGGCAGCAGUUUAUUCUGCUUCAGGAGGAGAUGCUAGUUCACCUCCAUUAACUGAAGAAAGUUGGAAUGAUAUAACUUUUGAGGAAUCUAAAGCCAAUGCUAGAGUAGGGUAUUUGGGAUCGAAAGCACUUGCUGAAAAAGCUGCUUGGGAAUUCCUUAAAACCAAAAAACCAAAUUUCACCAUGAAUACUGUCAAUCCAACAUUGGUGUUUGGACCUCAGGCAUUCCCAACAGGGUUGAAGGAAACUUUAAAUACAUCUUCGGAAAUAUUGAAUGGAAUUUUAAAAGCCGGUACCGAUGAACUGAAAGUUCCAGCCAGAAGUGGAUUUUAUAUUGAUGUAAGGGAUGUUGCCAAAGCUCAUUUACAUGCUUUUGAAAGUGACGUUACCAAUUUCAGAUAUGUUGUAGUGGGAGGUCCAUUCUGUGUUCAAGAAGCUAUGGAUAUCAUCAAUGAAAACAUUCCUUCAUUAAAGGGUAAAAUAUCUGUGGGUGAACCCGGAUCGGGAGAAGAAAUAAUGAAGAAUUUAGUUAAAGUUGAUAAUUCCAAGACUAGAGAAUUGUUAGGUGAUUUUAUCUCUUUAGAACAAUCGGUUAUAGAUUCAAUCAAUCAGAUCAUCUCCAAGUGA